GGUUCACACGCAUCAUACACAUCUUGGACUUACUCCAUCAUGAAGCUCCUUGGAAAACAUCUAGACAAGGAUGGAUCAGGUUAUGUUACUCUACGACCGGACGACGACGAGGAUAUAUGGCACCUUUAUAAUCUUAUUCAAGAGGGGGAUCGCGUCCGUGCAUCGGCAGUACGUAGAGUGCAGAACGUCUCCGCUACUGGUUCUAUCGAAUCACAUCGCGUCCGACUGAACUUGACACUUGCGGUUGCUCGAGUUACUUGGUCUCCUUCUACUGCAGCCGCAGGAGAGGCUGCGUCGUUUUCCACAGAUGCUUCAACAUCGACUAGCGCUCCUGCUCAUGCUGCUACCCUUCACAUUUCUGGCCGUGUCACGUCCGAGAAUCCUCAUGUUAAGAUGGGUGCAUUCCAUACACUGGACGUUGAAGUGAAUCGAGACGUACGGAUAGAGAAAGACGAAGGUGGUUGGGAUAGUAUUGCCCUUGGUCGUGUAGAAGAAAGCUGUGUCCCUGGACGUGGGGCGGAAGUUGCAGCUAUCGUAUGUGGAGAAGGCACAGCAACCUUUUGCUUGCUUUCUCAGCAUAUGACUAUGGUCAUGCAUCGACUGGAGGUAUCUAUACCUCGCAAGAUUGCCGCUAACUCUGGUGCUCAUGAAAAGGGGCUCACUCGCUUUUACUCUGCUCUCUUUACAUCUUUCCUCCGUCAUAUCCCCUAUUCAUCACCGACAAUACGAGCUAUCGUGAUAGCUUCGCCUGGCUGGGUUCGUGAUGCAGUCUUUGACUACAUCAUGGCUGAAGCUACUCGAACGGGCAACAAAGCAUUGUUAAGCACUAGGAAUAAAUUCAUCAAGGUUCAUGUUACUAGUCCUCAUGUACACAGUUUGGUCGAGGUGCUGAAGAGUCCGGAGAUUGCCAGUCAAUUGAAGGAGACAAAAUUUGCACGAGAAGGCAUAAUGCUUGACAAGUUUUUCAAGAUGCUCGGAGCGGAUGAAAUGCGAGCGUGGUACGGUCCUGUCCACGUUGCUCUUGCAGCAGACCGAGGCGCGAUCGGAACCUUGCUGAUAUCGGACGAUCUAUUCAGGCACAGCGAGCGAUCCCAUAAUGCGGAAGAAGUACGUUCAACUAGUUGAGGAUGCACGCCAGAAAAAUGCGGAGGUCCUGAUCUUUUCGAGUAUGCACGAGUCUGGCCAACAACUCAAUCAACUUUCGGGAAUUGCAGCUAUCCUAACGUUCCCUCUGGACGUCGAGGUUGUGGAGGCGGAGGAGCGGGAAGCCAAGGAAGAGGAAGAACGACGAAAGCAAGCUGAAGAAAAUGGUGAAGAUGUAAAUGCCGGUUAAGCAUGGUGCUUAAGUUGAUACUUGAUCCGACUGUAGCGAUAGAGAGACAUCUCAAUGAAAGUCAAAUUUAUCAAUGUAGAAUACACUUUAUCAUCUAUGUACUUUUGAUUCUUUUCUGAUAUGCUGCCCACCCCUCCGCGCGGUAUCUUUCGGCCUGCUCUUGGACUGCCUGAAUAUCCACAUUACUACCCUUACCGUAGAUGCCUCUGCCGACAAUUAUCACAUCGCAACCCGAAUCGAGAAUGACUUCUCUGGGUGUCCUGUACUGCUGUCCCAUAGAGUCGCCGCGAGAAUCGAGAC